AUGACGAUUACACAGAAUUCUCUUUUGAGAACGACAACCAAAUUAUCUAUCUUUCUGUCAGAGUUGACAUUGGUGAACAAAAGCGGUAGUUAUAAGCAACCAAUGUUUAAGAUAGUGAAUAUACUUGUAGAAGAUAUUACUGGACAACAGGCAUCUAAGACAUAUUAUUUUACAAGUGUCAGAAAAGAAAUAUCAGAUCGAGACUUGACAUUUCUAUCCUCUUUAUUCUUUUAUCUUCGUUUACGAUUCCCAGUGGGUUUCACCAAUUUUGGCUGUGUUAUAGCAUUGGAAGAACAACCCAGAUCGAAAACGACACACUGUCAAGAAUUUGGGCAAAACAAAAAUAAUAGUCAACACUCUGACACCAGAGCAGGAUUGAUUGUCAUAGUUGUUUUUAUAUAUCUACCAAUUUUCAUUUUUUUAAUUGACUUUUUUUUCAAAUUGUUGGAAUCAUCAUUGCAAUCAUCUUCACAUCUGCGCCGAAAUCACUCAAGAUUGUCAGCAUCUCCAACUACAUCUCAAUUGCCUGUACCUCUGUUAUCGUCUCCAGUUCUUUUCUCCUUCUCUGAAGGUGGUUCUGGUGUUUUACCAUCAACUUCGCACUUUUUUGUCCCAGUUUCAGACCUUUCUUUUUCUGCUUUGCCUGCUCCUGGUUCCCACGAAAUUUUUUUUCAAGCUCCUCCAACAAUGAUUGGUUCCCAAAAACAGGUGAUUAAUUCCACUGGCCGCCCUACUCCCACUGCUCUCAUUUUGUCUGGCCUCAAGGCAGACUUUAAAAAAUUGCACAAUGUUUUGUCCUGUUCACAUUGCCAGACUACAGGCAAAAUUGUUUCUAAUGGGUCUACUUCUCGUACUGGUAGCCCACAGUUUAAAUGCAAAUGUGGUGCAACAUUUACUGCUUCAUCCAUGCAAUCUUUGAUCAAUGCAGUCCAACACAAAAUUCCUGAAGUUCAUUCUGCAAGUGAGCCUGUUGUGUCUCCUUCUGUUUCCAUCUUGGGUCAUAGUAUUUCCAUGGCAGAUAUCCAUGAAAUUGAAUCUGACAUUGCACCUGUUCUUCCAACUGUAAUGCCCACUCUUCAGGAUAUUUGGGACCGUUUCCAGGCUUAUGAUGAACGUCUUUCUGCAUUGGAGGCUGUUCAAAAAGAGAACAUUGAGUUGCGUAAGGCUCUUGCUACUGCAAACGCCACUAUUGCACGUUUGACAAAGGAGAAUGUUGAUUUUUCUGUUGGUGCUGCAGCAUCCAAAUAUGCUACUAUUGCUGCCUCUGUUCCAGUUGUUUCUCAGGCUGAUUUUCCAUCACUUCCUGCAUCCCCGACCCAUCAUUCCACUGAACCCACCAAGACUUUCGUUUCUAAAACACCACGUAAAAGGGCUCCAACUGCUAGGGCCAUUGCUGCUGUUGUUCGUGGCAUGACAAUUAAAGAAAAUGCUGAUCAGGGGUUUCAAAUUGUUUAUGUACCUAAUGCUAUCCGUCUCCCCAUUAGUACUCAACGUCAACGUCUUAGGAAAUUAAAGAUAGACAAUGCACGUGUGCUGGAUCUCCACUAUCCUGAUCGUAAGGUGAUGGGAAUGCUUGUACAUAAUGAGUAUGCUCCUGAGCUCAAGACUAUCUUGGCGAGUUAUGGUGUUACUACUUUGGAUAACUUUGAUCCUCUGGACCCUGUUCACCUCCGUGACCCAGCUCUGGCCUCUCUUUCACUUGAUGAUAGGGCAACAAAAGCUAUACAUGUUCACAAUGAUCGUAUGCUACGUGCCAUUGAAUUCAUUAGGGCUCCUGUCAAGUUUGCUGUUGCACGUUCCUUUUGCUCUCAGGGAUGGAUUAGUGAUGACCAACUAGCUGAGAUUGUUCCCCCACGACCCACCAAAAAAGACUUGGACAUCUCUAUACAUACUGCCAGCAUCACCAUCCCUUCAUUCUCUGAUCUAUGA